GAAAAGAAUAUAAAAUGCCCAGCCAAUGCAUGCAUUGAAAUCCUCAGUUUUGAUGAGCUGAAGCGAGCACUGCCCCCGUUCGUGGUGGACAUUCUAGAAGAAAAGCUCGACAAAGAGUACCUGAGCUACAUAACUAAAUGGAUGUUUACGGAUGAGAAGUUAAAGUCCCG